UAUCUCAAAGAUACAGUAUUAUUCAUUUGAUCAUUUCUGCCCUACGACGUGUCAACAUUUUUACGGGAAAAAUGCCGCGAUCUAAAGCUGAUAAGUACUCAAUUUUACUCCCUACCUACAAUGAGAAGGAAAACCUUCCUUUAAUCACUUGGCUCAUCGUAAAAUCAUUUUCAGAGAGUGGUCAUGAUUAUGAAAUUAUUGUUAUCGACGAUGGAAGUCCUGACGGUACACUGGAGGUAGCUAAGCAAUUGCAAGAUAUAUACGGAAGUGACAAAAUUGUAUUGCGACCAAGAGCAAAGAAACUUGGACUAGGUACUGCAUACAUCCAUGGUAUCAAGCAUGCUACAGGAAACUUCAUCAUCAUAAUGGAUGCUGAUCUUUCUCACCAUCCAAAGUUCAUUUCUGAAUUCAUCAGAUUACAGAAGGAAGAACAGUGUGAUGUUGUCUCUGGUACCAGGUAUGCAGGCAAUGGUGGCGUCUAUGGAUGGGACUUGAAAAGGAAAAUCAUCAGCCGUGGAGCUAAUUUCUUGGCCCAAGUCCUUCUGCGACCCGGAGCCUCUGACCUGACAGGUAGCUUCCGUCUUUACAAGAAAGAAGUCCUCCAGCGAUUGAUUGAUUCCUGCGUCUCUAAGGGUUAUGUGUUCCAGAUGGAGAUGAUUGUCAGAGCAAGGCAGUUUGGAUACAAAAUAGGAGAGGUUCCAAUCACAUUUGUGGAUAGAUUUUAUGGAGAGAGUAAGUUAGGUGGUUCAGAGAUUAUCAGCUAUGCCAAAGGACUUCUCUAUCUCUUUGCUUCAACAUGAAAAAUGUACAAGCUUAAAGCAUAUUUAUCUAUAUUUUUAAUUUAUAGUAAUCAUUCAUAGGUCAGUUGCAGGAAAACUGAUAAGUUUCUUGCAUAUGAGAUAAUUUGUCCCAUAAUAAUGUGAACAAAUUCAAUUGUGAUAAGUUAAGGACAAUCUUUUUGGUGUAUUUGAUGUACAUUACAUAAUAAUGUUUACUUUUUUAAUCUUAUGUGAUUAGAUGAGCCUUUAUGGUUAGCAUUUAUUUCCAUCCUUGAAAUCAAACACCUAUUUUUUUCUAUAUUUCAACUGCUUUAGUGAUACUGGUAGUCCUCAAAAUGAAACAUAAAUCAGCUCUUUACAAGCAAUUAAUUAAUUUUUACAGACCUCCUUUCAAAAUUUGCCAAAUGUACUUCUCUGACUAACCUGAUCAAGGUAUCAAGCUCACAGUUAUGAUAUCAUAGGUAAAUUGUUAACAAUGUUAGAAACAAUGUAUUAUACCUCUGUUGUUCUCUUGUUAGGAGUAGAAAUGUAAAUCUUUAAUAUGGGUUUAUAUAUAUUUCAAUUAAGACUAAUAUUUUAGUCACACAUGUACAUACAGUAACAUAUACCGGUACAUGUACAUGUGGAGGUAAUAUUGUUAGUCCUAAGUCAAAUACUCUUUAUGUUAUUUAUUAUUUUACUCUGUAGCUGUGUUAUUUUAGAUAGUAAGUCUUAUAAAAAAGUUUCCUUCAAAUGUUUCAUUCCAUAAUUUACAAAGAUUUGAUCGUCUGACUAUGAGAGUAUACUACUUCUGACAUUAACACAUACCGGUACUGCUUUGAUAGAGUAUUUGCCAUAAAAAGUAUAUUGGGUGUAUUUCAUUUUGCACUCAUAUUUGUCUGUAUUGUUAGGAUUAGGUUGUAAUGAGUGCUCAGAUAUUUCAUUCAUUAUCAGUAAAAUGGUAGAUAAAUCUUUAUGUUUCAGUGAGCAAAACUUACAUUCAAAGGUCUAUGUGACCAUAAUAAUGACCACUGUGUGCAAUUCUUGUACAACUCAUAUUAAAAUAAUCUAUGUAUCAUCUCGAUGUAACAAUACCAUGAAUGGAGAGGCAGAAUACAAAGAACACCGGUAGCACAGUAACCAAAAGGAAUCUAAUGUAUGUUUUACAUAUACCUUAGGCGCUCUGGCAUAUGCCGCGGCGACAAGUGCUCCAGACUUUAUUUUGUCAAAGGUGUAGUGUAAGAGUUAGGGGUUGCAAUUGGGUUUUAAGUUAGGUUCAGUGUUAGAGAUGGAGUUGGGUAUGUCGUUGGGUCUAGGGUUGACAUAUAGAAUUCAGUAAGUGCACAAAAUCUAUGCGAAGCGAUUGUCGCAAGAGGAUGUGUUGUACAACCAUAUCAUAAGCCCAUUUCAGAUAUUUGUACAUUAAAAUAAUGUCAUUUAGAUUUUCUUUAUUGUCAGUGGACUUGAGUUCUAAAAUGCUGUUCAGGACUUUUCUUUUUAUAUUGCUUUUUUGAAAGAUGAUGAAUAAAUGACAUGAUAGAAUUCGAUUGGGCCUGACUUGAGAUUAUGCUAGGAAAACUGCUCUAUUUCAUACAUAGAAUUUCAACAAUUAAGAUUUUAUUUCAUUUUUAUUUUUUUGUAUGAAAUUGGAGUAAAUACUUUUGCAAAUAUGAAUAAAUGUGCCAAGUACUUAUUUUAAGUAGCAAUUAAACAUUUCAUUAUUAAUUAUUUAAUAUUUGUUAUUAAUUCUUUUCUUGCUCUAGGGCUUUGAGUUAUAGCUUUGUUUUAGUAUGAUAUUAGUUUUGUUAUUAUUCAAACCUAAUCUAAAGAUUGUGAUAAUAAAUUUAUGAUUAGUAUGUGGUACAGUUAGUUAUCUAGCCACUUGCUAAAUAUAUGUAUUUUCUUUGACACUGUUGAUAGGGUCUUUCUGUGUCACAUUGUAUUGCUUUAAUAUUGUCUGUGUGAUGGAGAGUAUGCAGAUGAUUAAUGAAAUGAUAUUGAUUUGUAUAUAUUAUAUGAGAUGAUUCAUAAUGUGUACAGUUUUACAUUGGAAACCAGUUAUCGAUAGAUUUGAUCAUUCUUUUAUGACCAGUAUUAUUAUACAACCAUACAUGAUAGGGCUACCAUUGUACAUAUUACAUAGAUGCAAUGGAUCAUAUAGCAUACAUGAUUCCUAAAUUCAACCAAACUUCUACUAAUGUAUUACUAGAUUUACAGUAUAAUGGUCAUAUUAUAGACUAAUUAAGAAAGGAGAAAAUAGACAAUCAUAAAUCUUUUUAAAAAAUGGAUAUGACUUUCAUUGGAAUUAUCGCUCCUUCCCUAAAUUUUGUAAUAAACGGCAUAUUUUCUGAUACACUGA